GAAAGCGUCAUCAAGCGACCACGGCGACCAACAGUGAAGGAGCAGCUCAAGGAGGCAAAGACCGGGCUGGAGGCACCUCCUGCUUCAGAUGCGUCGACCCCCGUAGCGUGGGGGCCGCACCCGCCCGCGGACCUUUCGCCGUGGCAGUCAACAGUACCAGCGCUUCGUCGGAGAGGGGACCGCGCAGUGGCGCAAAGACGAGCGGUGGACGCCUAUGACCACCCCCACCACUGCGGGGGAACGGAAGCACUGGCAGCCGACGGCGGGGCAUACCACCCGAUGCCCCGACUACGUUGGAUGGGGAAGCGCCUAGAGCGCGGGGCACUGGGUCUGCCAGUUGGCUAUGACUUGGACACAUUGCACUUGCGCCAACCGAAGGGCGUGCUUCCAAGUUGCAGAAGUUCGGAUUUGCCGCCAUAUGCUCCUCAAUCAGUGCAGUUGGCAUCCUUCCUUGCAUUGGUCUUGGGCGUCAUCUUUAUUGCCAGGACCCUUCUCAUCCCUGGAGCGAUCCAGUGCAGCCGAUCGCAGUCUCGCUGCCGGCUCGACACAAGGAGCGGGCGGGCUUCCAGAUGGAGAUUUUCUUCGGUGCCGGCGGGCCGCGGAAACCAAAUUCGGCUUGAGAUGCAGGAGGCGAAGGUCAGCCACCGCGGCACUUCAGACUCAUUGGUGCAGGAGUUGGUGAACGGAGUCCGGGCAAGAAGGGCUGCACUGUCCGCAGAGUCUGAUCCUGGCUUCCGCCAGCUUGACACCCUUCCCAUAGCCAAACUCAAGCAAGACGAAAUCGAGCUCACAAGGAAGAUCUUCGCACGAGUGGAUGCAGAGCGAGAUGUCACAUCCGACUCCAAAAAGUAUGAGAUUAAGCACAACAUCGAUCCGUACUGGAGCCCAUUUCACCAGGUGCAAGAUCUGAAGCAGCAGGUCACGGCGGAGUUCGACGAGUACCAAAAAAUUGUGGGUGCUGCUGAAGCCAAGCGGACUCGGAUCCAGAUCAAAAGAAGCUUGGCCAGGAUGGCCUCCGUUCGGAAUCCCUACGCCUCCUCCUUCCGCAGCUACCACAAGCGUGAGAUGCCGGAGAUGCCGCCGAAGCCGUUUCGACUGCCCGACACAUUCUGGGAGCCAACGCCACUGCAGGCACAGCUUGCAAAGGAAAAGAUUACGUUUCGUGACCUCGAUAUCAUCCAGCACUUCUUGGCUGACAACGGGUACAUCCUGCCACGACGGACGACCAUGCUGUCUCGGAAGAAGCAGAAGGAACUCGUGGCGGCCGUCGUGACGGCCCAGCACAUGGCCUUGCUCCCGUACAGGGCAAAGCUCAAGGAUUACCAGGUUAUGCCAUUGAUGGAUCCCCUUCAGUGGAUGGCUGAUCGGCUGACGGAUCGUGUCCUCGAGGAAAGGGAUCUUCGAAGCCGUGCAAUGCUCCAAGUCAUGAUGGAGAGAUAUCCUGAGCUCAACUACCGAAACUUCCUGAAGCACGAGGCGGUUCCCUGGGCUCAGGAGAGUUCGCAGAAGCAGCAUGCCGUCCUCAAGCAGGAUCGGAUGUUGGAUUCUUCCACGAUGCGGGUCUCCGGCUUGUCUGUGGCUGCCCGGCGAGGUGUUCGCGGAUUCGCUUCCAAGGACAUCAGACAUGGGACCAGUGCCAGAGCCGCCAUGCUCCACGGAGCCAACCGGCUGGCUGAUGCCGUAGCAGUUACACUCGGCCCCAAGGGCCGCAACGUUGUCAUCGAACAGAGUUUCGGCGCUCCGAAGGUGACCAAGGACGGUGUUACUGUGGCCAAGGCUAUAGAGUUUAAGAACAAGCUCGUAAAUGUGGGAGCUUCGUUGAUCAAACAGGUCGCCUCAAAGACAAACGACCUUGCCGGCGACGGCACGACAACGUCGACAGUGCUUGCCCGUGCAAUUUUCCGAGAAGGCACAAAGGCCGUCGUGGCCGGAAUGAACCCUAUGGAUGUCAAGCGAGGAAUUGAUUCCUCGGUCAAGAUCGUCCUGGAGGAUUUGGAAAAGCGAGCGACUGACAUCUCUUCUCCCAAGGAGAUUGCACAGGUAGCCACCAUCUCCGCAAAUGGCGAUGAUGUGAUCGGCAAGAUGGUCGCAGAGGCGUUCGAAAAAGUUGGCAAGCUGGCCGGUCCCUUCCCUUCCUGGGCUAUGGCGGCCAUGUCCCUGCUUUCGAGCUCUGCAUGCGCCAAGAGGGCAGCGAAGGAACGACUGCCUACCAUCAGCGAGGAUGAAUGCCAAGAUUUGGAGCAUGAGGCGAACCAGAUCCGCCACAGACUUUGCGAGUCCUUCGGAGAACUUCUUCGCGGUGGAACCGACCCGGAAAUGGGGCGUGACUUCAUCAAGUUCUUGAAGGCCCAAUGGUGCGACAGAGCCCACCACUGUCGUCAUAAAACACGCCUGCCACGGGUAGAGCUGUUUCGUUCACUCCCAGCACAAACGGUAGGAAAUCGCGAGUCCAAGUGA